UGCAUUUCCAAGAAAACCGUCGGCUGGCGAAGGCCACGGUGGAAGCGCUGCAAGACUCCAAGUUCGAUGAGGAGCUACUCUUCGACCUGAAGAAGGAGAACCAGGUGUACCUCAACCGCACCAUGUCACUGGUCAUCAAAUAUAUUGUUAAACGCGAGGUAGACAACUACCGCUCGAGGCGGACCGAUGCCAUCAGCCGACGGAUUUAUUCGUCUUUGAUUAUGAAGCUCAUCGAUAUUGCGAAGGACCUCCCCCGCAACACGACAGCACAAGCCCGCAUAGACACAGCACACCGCUACUACAUGUCAGUAGAGAGCAGGGACAUGCACGACCAGAUGGCAGACGUGCAGGUGUUCCACGCGUGCGCGAGGCUCUACGAUAUCAUGUUCACUGCUCCUCGAAUCAUAGCCCAACUGGGCAAGCUGGAUGACCUGACGCCGAGGAUACUGGUGCGAAAGCUGAAAGACAUGGAGAUCAAACCCGUGCAUCUCGCAAUUGCCUUACUUAUACAGUACCAUCUCCGCCACACAGUGAACUUCGCGAUCCACUCCAAGUCUCUGGACGUGCUGUCUACCAAGCCACAGAUGGUGGGUCCUCAAGUGAUCGACAUGCUGAAGGCGCUGGCUGCUAGGAUGCUGCCCAUUGCUGAGCUGCUGGACAUCCACCUGGCGCACUCCAGCCCUGCCUUCAAGGAUACCUGUCCUAGCACCUGGCUUGGCAUUGUUAAUAAUAAACAGCCUUGAAGUUUA